GUUAUAUUUGCUGUCAAUUGCGGUGGCUCGGCACAUACUGAUUUAAAUGGUGUCCAUUACCAAGCUGAUUACAAUACAGUUGGGAUCAAUUCCGAUCAUGGCCUUCAAUUGUCUAUAAACCGCGUGCCUACACCAGAUCAGAUUCUCUAUCAGACAGAACGAUAUCAUUCAGAAACAUUUAGUUAUGAUAUUCCUAUUAAAGAGGAUGACGACUAUGUUCUCAUUCUGAAAUUUAGUGAAGUCUAUUUCACUGGAUCUAAUAUGAAGGUAUUUGAUGUCCGUUUGAAUUCAAAACAUGAGGUUAUUAAAGGGCUAGAUAUUUAUCAUAAAGUUGGCAAGGGAACAGCACACGAUGAAUACAUACCCUUUAAAAUAUCUCAUAAAUCUUUAUUGAUCAACGAUGAGUCAUCUCCUUUCAAAGGAGUUUUAACAGUAGAGUUUAUCAAGGGACAUUUAGAUAAUCCAAAAGUUAAUGCCAUAGUGGUGAUGAAAGGACAAGUAUCAGAUGUACCCAAGCUAGCCCCACUAGCUGGAGCAGAGGAAGCGGAUAAAGACUUUGAUGACGAUGACGAUACAAGCGAUACAAACAGUAACACAGACAAUACUCAAACACCGCAUAGCAGGAAAUUAUCAGGGCCGCCUGUUGUCAAUCCAUAUGCAGUUGAUGAUGGUAGUAGCUAUGUUGUACCAAUUGCAGUUGCUGUUGGUGUAUUCAUCCCUACCGUAUUUUUCUUAUGUCGUUUAUAA